UUUGCUAAAAUCCAGCACACGGCUCACAAGGAUUCACUUCCCAAUCAGACAUGUCAGUGAGAACAAAAAUGAAGCAGCUUCCGGGCACAAAAUCCAUGCGCUACCCGUGGCAACAGCGUCGCCAGAUUUCACAAAAUCCUGAAUCCCUGCUCAAGGAAGAUCCGUUGGAAAUCCUGUCUAAUCUGUGGAUCAAAACAUUCUCUCAACCCCAAAACCCCUUCACUAACCUCACUGGCUUUCUCUCAAAACUCGACCUCUGGGUCCUCGCUUACCAACGCACAUAUGCUCAUCUCACUGGUUCAUUCCCGCCUCGCAAUGCUCUCCACUCCCACGUCCUAUCCGAUCUCUUAUCCCUCCGGAAUACUGUUAUCCGUGGUAAAUUCCUUUGGAAUACAAAAACCCAUCAAUUAAUUCGUGGCCCUAAUGAAAAACCCAUUUCACAGCAUCACCUCUCUAGGCGUCAGCUCCAAUCUAUACUAACGUCCCAAACGCCGCCGUUUCAGGACAUUCUGGUACAACAAGUUUUACUUAUGAUUUUUGAACCCAUUUUUGAGCCAGGGUUUUCAUCAAAGUCCCAUGCUUUUCGCCCUGGCAGGAAUCCCCAUACUGUUAUUAGGACCAUUAGAAGUAACUUUGCUGGUUAUUUGUGGUUUCUGAAAUGUGAUAUUAGUGAGGUUCUUGCUAAUGUUGAUGUUAAUGUUGUUGUGGCUAGUCUUGAAAAAGCUAUUAAGGAUAAGAAAGUGCUGAACUUGAUAAAGUCGGGGUUGAAAGCUCCAGCGAAUAGUCGUCUAGGAGAGGAGGACGAAGAGGAUAGCAAGAACAAAAAGAAGGGGCGGACAAAGAAGAGGAUUCUGAAUGAGAAUGAGCGCAAACCAGACCCUUAUUGGUUAAGGACUUUCUUUGAUUUUGCUCCACAGGAGGCUGCUAAGAUACCCAAUUAUGGUUGUUGUGGAAUUCUUAGUCCUUUGCUGGCUAAUGUAUGUCUUAAUGAGCUUGACCAUAUGAUGGAACAGAAAAUAGUUGAGUUUUUUAGGCCUUGUGAGCGAGACACAAUAUGGAAAUAUUCUAUGGAUGAUGGUUGUCAUAAUCCUGCUUGGCCUGAGUUUGUUCCUUCGAGUGGGAAAGAGAAGACGAGGAAGAUGGAUUUUAUUAGGUUUGGGGGUCAUUUCUUGGUUGGAAUUCGAGGGCCUAGACAAGAUGCGGUGGAAAUGAGGAAAGAGAUAAUCGAAUUUUGUGAGAGGACUUUUGGGGUCAGGUUGGACAAUUCAAAAAUAGAAGUUGAGCAUAUUAGUAGGGGAAUUCAGUUCCUGGAUCAUAUUAUUUGCCGUCGUGUUAUUUAUCCAACUCUACGUUACACCGCUAGUGGUGGUAAUAUAGUGAGUGAGAAAGGUGUAGGGACUUUGCUUUCAGUCUCUGCUAGCUUGCAACAAUGUAUUCGCCAGUUUCGAAAGCUGAAGCUUGUGAAAGGUGAUAAGGAUCCAGAGCCACUGCCUUGCACACCAAUGCUUUACUCAGGUCAUGCUCAUACUAAUUCUCAAAUGAACAAAUUCCUUGAGACAAUGGCUGAUUGGUUCAGAUAUGCAGAUAAUCGGAGAAAAGUUAUUGGCUUUUGUGCAUAUGUGGUUCGUAGCUCUCUGGCUAAGUUAUAUGCUGCCCGGUAUAGACUGAAAUCUCGUGCCAAGGUUUAUAAGAUUGCCUCGCGUGAUUUAAGCCGUCCAUUGAGGGAACACACCAACAAUUCUGCACCUGAGUAUUCAGAUCUUUUGAGGAUGGGGCUUGUUGAUGCAAUUGAAGGUGUUCAGUUUUCCCGCAUGUCUUCAAUCCCGUCAUGUGAUUAUACUCCAUUCCCAAGGAAUUGGAUCCCUGAUCACGAGAAGGUGUUGCAUGAGUAUAUCAACUUACAGGAGCCUAAGUUCUUCUAUCAGCUGCACAAACAGCAUCGUAUAUGUUUACCUCAAGAUGAGAUAUCUCAUAUUGUGUGGCAGUAUAAGACUCUUGGGGUGCGAAGGAGGUUAUGUGGUGACAAGGGGAUCGAAAAUGCUUCUGAGAAGGUAAUCAUGAAUGUGACAUGAGUUUAUCAAUAGAUAUUGCUAUUGAUGGUGCCAACUGACUUCUUAUUCUCUGAAGCUAGAUGAUCAAUGUCUAUCUAGUGAUGGAUGAUAUUAGAGUUGGAAGUUGAUCUUAUUUAACAAUUCUGGAGAGCAGAUUAAGCUUGAUUACAGUCAGCAUAUUCCCUUAUAAAGCUUUUUUAGAAAAGAUUCAAAAACAUAUCCAGUGUUGGACCUGGAUAAGUGGCUAGGGGAGAAAGAAGUUACAUUUUCAGAAAACUUGUCAAUAUUUAUGAGACCAUUUUUUAGUAAAAUUCUGUUCUUAGGGUUGAGACUUGAGAGGAAUAACUGCUCCGAAGAAGCAUCUAUAAUUUGGAUGACCAUCUGAAAGGAAUAAAUUAUUGACACCAACAUAUGUGCUUUUAGCUUCAGACUCAAACACUCGCCAUCUCCAUGCCCCUUACCGCAAGAAGAAUAGCUUAUUUUUAAUUGCACGUACAAGUUCCAUCAGACACUUACAUUCUUAACACUUGAGGGAUCUGCUUUUAGCUCCUUUCCUUAAACCCUAGCCUCCACAUAUCCUCCCCCAUGGAAACUCUGUGAUCUGUUGUAAUGGGUUGAAGCAGAUGAUAUCCUUCCACAGCUGAACUGAAGUGAUGACUGUGAUGUGAUCUGUUGAAAUAAAUGAAACCAACAAAAAGAAAAAGUUGCAUUCCCUAGAUUUUUGCUGCAGCAGAAGAAAAGCUCAUCUUCAGCUCCAUAUGCCCAUACAUAGUAACGGAGGCUUGAGGGUUGCCUGCUCAUUUUCUGCAGAAGGAUGAAUUAGUAAGCUUUGUAUGAUGCUUCCACAAACAACGGCUCCUCGUUCUUAACUCUGGAAGUCAACCUGCUUAUCACCAGUGACAUUCGGAAGGAAAAAGCUACUAGCACUAGAAUCUGGUUGGGAAUUCAGCAACUGAAGAUGUCCAAAGGCUCGUUGUGCUUGGUCGCGGUAUUACAUGGUCUUACCGAGAUAUUGCAGCUUCUGAUUGGUGAGGAAAGUUUCUUACUCAAGUUAAGCUGCGACCUGGAAGAGCCUACUUGACCCUAAUGUGUUGGAAGAAGAGUGAUAAAUUCGUUUUGCCAUGACUGAGUACAAUAGGAGGCUAGGUGCUUGGCUAAGGCGGGAUCACGAUGUCAUAGAUCUCUGUCCUCCAACAUUCAGUGGCUGCCCCGUCAUCCUGAACAUAUCGGCAGGAAAAAAGCACUUGAAUCCUAACGGAUUGGAUAUUCUGCACUGGCUCUAAUCAAGAAAUUUAGUGAUAACAGCAUAUGGAUAUUCUGAUUUAAUUGAUAAGGUAAGUAAGCACCAUGUGGCUUAAUGGUGUUUGAAAUAAAAUCCUGACUGCUUCCGGGUCAAAGUGAACCUCCUUUACAGUAGCAUCUGAUUGAUUUCUUGAGUUCAGUUGUCAUUAAUAUGAGCCAUAACUCUUGGUGGCCUUUUGUAGUUCUAAUGCACUUCUGCUAUUUGUUUAAUACAGUAAAAUUGGUUCAA